AUGGCUGCAUAUCAUGGCCGUCUGAAGAUAUGCGAUGAAUUAGUCGAGCACGGCUUCGACGUGUACAAGCAGAUCGGCGAUCAUUGCAAGGACUAUAACGCGCUGAGCACUACGGUUUGUCAAGGAGCAGAUCCUAACCUCCCGUUGAACGGCAUAUCCGAUCUGUGUGCCGGCAUAAACUAUAGCGAAAGCAGCAUGGAAUACAGCAAGACCUUGCUUAAAGCAAAAGCAGACCAAAAUCACCCAUGCGGUCCGCUCUGUCAGUUCUCGUACGCCUUAGAAAAGGCUGCCCAUCAGAGAAAAUUGGAUAUGGCGGAACUGUUGCUCAAAAAUGGCGCGAAUCCGACUCUCUUGUCUGACUUUAGAGACUCUGGAAGUGCCCUCGCAGCCGCAGCACGUAGAUGUCGCAAAGCAGUCUGCGAAUCACUGAUCGAACACGGCGCGGAUGCCAGCCAGCCGUUAACGGGAGGCAAGUAUGGCAGUGCCUCUGCAGCAGCUCUUGCUUCAAGGGAGCCUGAUUAUACCUUGGGACUGACACGAUACUUGGUUGAGGAUGCCCACGCAGAUACGAAUGUCCUCUCUACUGAUCCGCCUCGCAGAACGUCCUGUCAUCAGGAAUACCGGAGUCAUAUGAAUGAAUACCUAACCGAGGAUCACCAUGUCGAAAAGGAUCUCUUGAUGGAGAUUGGCCUCGAAAUGUACGCCAUUUGUCAAACACUCGAAACAGGAUCUCUGUCUACAGCAGACACUUGCAGGUAUACUGAGUCACUUCACUCUCAUCCGGAUUACUCCGAAAGUGAGAGCGAGUAG